CAUCUGGCUAAACUGGCAACGCUGGCCUGCAGUGCUAUCGAUUAAAUAGGAAGGUCAUGAUAAGAUUGAGUGUGUUUGAUAUUUUGUGUAUGCACUAUUUUGAGAAUAAUAAGUAUUAUGAAAUCGUCUAUAUUUCAUAUUUGAACCAAAUUGUGGCCAAACUGAAUUAUUUUUAAGAAAUUUUGCACAAUAGUACUCAUUAUUAUUGGGAAAAUAUUCAGUGCUCUUUUGAGGUUAUUAUGGUGUUCGAGAAGGUGACACAUGUUAUUUUCGAUUUGGAUGGUCUCCUAAUUGAGUCUGAAUCGAUAUAUGAACAAAUAUCCAAGGAAAUCGCUAAUGAAUAUGGAAAAGAUUACACCAGACAACUCAAAAUUAAGGUUAUGGGCACUACUGAGCCGGAGACUGCAAGACUAAUCGUAACAGAGCUGCAACUGCCUCUGAGCCCUCAAGAAUUUCUUGUGAAGUAUGAAAGAAAAGUCAAAGAAAAACUCCAACAUCCAAGACUGAUGCCUGGUGCCAAGGAAUUAGUCGAGCACUUGCACAGGUGUGGGAUUCCCAUAGCAGUCGCUACAUCGUCUCGAGAGGAUCUUAUGGAAAUGAAGAUGCAAUUCCACCAAGAUCUCUACAAAAUGUUCAACCAUUUCGUCUGCGGAAGCUCAGAUCCGGAAGUAAAAAAUGGAAAACCUUCUCCAGAUAUUUACUUGGUUUGCGCAUCGAGGUUCCCUGAUAAGCCCGAUCCUUCAAAAUGUUUGGCAUUCGAAGACGCUGCGAAUGGAGUAAAGUCUGCUGUUGGUGCUGGUAUGCAAGUUGUGAUGGUACCCGAUCCAGAUACUCCAGAGGAGAAAAGGAAAUCAGCGACCCUGGUAUUGGAGUCGCUUACAGAGUUCAAGCCAGAACAGUUUGGCUUGCCGGCAAUGACCUGAUUUUUCAGAUACAUUAGAUUUUGAAUAAAUUAAUUUUUAUCGAAUAUCUCAAUAGUGAGUGGUAUUUUUGAAAUCGUAACAUUCAAGAGCACAUUUCGUACUACAGGAAAAUGUUAAAGAUACUAGGCUGUUCAUUUUCCUACAGCAGUUAAAAAGUGUAAGUUCCAGAGCGUCCUAAAUUUAUCUUAGUACCUAUGUAAUUUUUUUGUAGUGCAAGAAAUAGGUGGUCGAUUGUUUUUUCAUUGAAAAUAUUUACUUGAAUGAAUUAUACCUUAAUUUCAA